AUGUGCGAGGCCGGCGAAGGUACUCUGCUGGAAUCGCUGAAACUGAAGGGGGCCGAUAGUCCACCACAGAGUGAGCAGCAGCAGGAGGAAGAGGGUGAGAGCGACGACGUAGUUGAGGUCGAUCUUGAGACCAAGGUUAAAGAUCUAUCGGCGGAGCAGGCUGUCCAAGCUGCCCAUAUCAACAGCCUUUCUGAAGACAUGGAUAAUCUGAAAGACUCGGUUUUUAAGGGUGGGGAGGGAAUUGUCAAACUGACGGUGUCGGUGUCAUCACUGUUUACCGCCUUUCAGCAGUUGGCUGCACAUGCAGGGUUCAAGCUGCCGAUGGCUGCCCUGGAGGGUUUGAACAGGCCUGAAGCCGGCGACUCCACCGCUGCUGUAGUUGCUCCUGGUACAACAAGAGGUGCUCUUCACACCUCUGCUGUUGCUCUGUCACUUGCGCGUAGACCACUUUUCGGCCAGAUUCCAGGGUUCGUGCAAGCCCAGGGAGCCACAUCCGGUGCACAUAGGUCUAGGGUGGGUGACACGGGUCCCGCAGCCGGCGCUUCAUCCUCAGCGGCUGAUCAGGCGGGUGCUGCAGCAUGUGUUACUACAGCAGCAGCGGGUCAGCCAGGUGCCUCUAUCCGUGCUCCUCCUGCUGGAGCGGGUCAGCCAGGUGCCUAUGCUGGUGCUCCACCACCUGGAGCGGUUCAGCCAGGCUCCUCUGCCGGUGCUCUUCCAGCUGGAGCGCGUCUGCCAGGAGCGGGGGUGUUUGCUCCACAGGCAGGUGGUGUUCAGCCUGGAGCAUCUGCACUUGUCGCGCCAGCAAGGCCUAGUGGCCAUGCUCUGCAUCGUCCCAACUUGCUCUUCCACGGAUCAGGACAUCCAACCGCGUCUGUGCAUCUGCCUUUGUCGUCGCACGGCCCCGGUGUGCAGGAAUCACCUGCUUUCCUCUUUGCUGCUGAGGCGCUCGACACUGGCAGCAUCCUACCUGGCCACACCUCCUCCGCACCUCGUGGGACUCUACUGAACAUGCCCUCGCAACAGGUUCUGCCCUCCCCAGCCGCCUCCUCAUCCUUCAUGCCAUCGACCCAGGUUGGUGAGGAGGAGGAGGCCGCCAGCAAGCGGUUCACGGGAGUCACAAAGAAGAAGGGUAAGAACAAGUGGGAGGCUAGGAUUGUCCUCGACCGCAAUUCCAAUUCUCUGAUUGUCAUCAGCAGUCACUUUCAAUCUGAGGUCGCCGCGGCUAGGUCAAUAGCCGCAGCGUCGCAUGUGAUGUUUGUCGACAAUCCCACGAGAGGCGAUCUCAUACCCUUGACGGACGUCGACAGGGCAAAGUUACAGGGUUGUACGGCUCAGCAGUGUGAGCUGAUGGUCCGUCAGAAGUUCUGGCACAAGUGGGAGCAGUGGCCGGAGUAUUGGCCUACUGCUAAGGCUAAGUAUGACGAGAAAGAGCGCAAGGCUGCGAUGAAGCGAGCCGCACUGGAUAGGAGCUUGGGUCAGCGUGGCGGUCGGCCCGACAAAAUGGCCAGAACGGUGGGUGAAGGCCUGUCACGAGGGGUGACAGGAGAUAACGAUGAGUGUGUGGGAUCUAAGGAUGAAUAG